AUGGCGGAAGCGGUGAGAGCGAACGCCGGUGAAGACAAGCGACGAUACAACAAAUAUAUAUCUCUCAUAGAACACGCAACUAGUGCGAGGCUUGUAAUCUUUCGAUUCAUAGUGAUAAAGAGUUUAUCUCCGGUUUGGAGGUUGGACUCGCCAAACAUAUCAGUGCAUCGUUCCGUUUGUUACAAGAAAAGCCAAGGUCGUUUCUCUACACUCGAGUCCGUCUUCGACUCGCCGGAAUCUUUCUACAGCGACGCCAAGCUCGUUCUCUCCUGCGGACGGGAAGUACCCUUCCACCGUGUUCUCCUCGCAGCGAGGAGCCCCUUCUUCAGAAACGCCCUGACCACCAACGCCGUCGUGAAGCUCGAGCUGAAGGAGAUCGCCAAGGAUCACGUCGUCGGCGUCGAUUCGGUGAUCGCCGUUUUAGCGUACAUUUACACCGGAAGAGUGAAGCCGCCGCCGAGAGGGGUCUCCGAAUGCGCAGACGAGAAUUGCCGCCACGUGUCCUGCCGUCCCGCGGUGGAUUUCAUGGUGGAGGUGCUGUACCUAGCUUCCGUCUUCGAGGUUUAUGAACUGGUUACGCUCUACCAGCGGCAUUUACUUGACGUCAUAGACAAAGUUGUAAUAGAAGAGGACACGUUAUUACUCAUACUCAAGAUUUCUAGUAUCUGUGGUGAAGCUUGCAAGAAGCUAACAGAUAGAUGCGUAGAGGUUAUUGUCAACUCUAACGUGGACUUAGUUACUCUUGACAAGUCAUUGCCUCAACAUAUUGUCAAAGAGAUAGUUAACCUCCGUAACGAUCUAGGCAUUGAGGUGCCUGAGGUAGGGAAACAUGUCUUGAAUAUAUACAAGGCACUUGACUCCGACGAUGUCGAGCUUGUCGAGAUGCUUUUGAGUGAGGGGCACACUAAUCUUGAUGAUGCCUACGCUCUUCAUUUCGCUGUUAAGUACUGCGAUGUUAAGACCGCAAACGAUCUCCUUGACCUAGAGAUUGCCGAUGUCAACCUUAGGAAUCCGAGGGGAUACACGGUGCUUCACGUUGCCGCCAUGCGCAAGGAGCCUGAUCUGAUAGUAUCUCUGUUGACGAAAGGGUCACGUGCAUCGGAAACGUCUUUGGAAGGUAGAACGGCUCUCUUGAUUGCGAAACAAGUCACCAUGGCGGCUGAAUAUAGUUAUCUUGCGGAGCAAUGCAAGCCUUCUCUCAAAGGUAGGCUAUGCGUAGAGAUACUGGAGCAAGCGAACAAAGGAGACCGGUUUCCUGGAGAUGCUGUUUCUCCCUCUCUUGCAAUGGCGGACCAUGAACUCAAGAUGAGGCUGCUCUAUCUUGAAAACAGAGUUGCAUUGGCUCAACGUCUCUUCCCAACGGAAGCACAAAUCGCAAUGAAUAUCGCCCAAAUGAAGGGAACAUCCGAGUUCACUGGGUCUAGCCUCGACCCUGACCAUCUGGCUGGUGCAAAGAGGACAUCGCCGGAUCUAAAGACAGCACCUUUUAAAAUCCUAGAAGAGCAUCAACGCAGAUUAAAAGCGCUUUCUAAAACCGUGGAACUGGGGAAACGCUUCUUCCCACGAUGUUCGGCAGUACUUGAUCAGAUUAUGGACUGUGAUGAUUUGAAUCAGCUGGCUUGCGGAGAAGGCGACACUCCUCAGAAAAGACUACAAAAGAAGCAGAGGUACAUGGAAAUACAGGAGAUUGUGAAGAAGGCCUUUAUUGAGGACAAGGAGGAACAUGUAAACUCGUCUCUCUCACUUUCGUCUUCUUCCACGUCGAAAUCAAUAGCUGGAAAGAGGUCUAAACUCUACCAUCGCCGUCGGUGAGACUCUUGGGGUAAUUUUUUUCCCUAUACCAUAUAUAUUAUUCUUUUUUCAUGGUUUUUACUGUCUAUUGUUGGCGUCAUAUAAGAUGUUCUUCAUACACAUCCUGUGUUUAUAGAUGCAGGUGUGUCAAAAAAAAUGAUGUAACUUUUUGAACCAGCAAUAAGCAGAUUUGUGAUCUAUA